CGUUUCCCACCAAACGCCACCUUCUGACUUCUUAAAUGCCAAAUCCCAGAAUCUCUCUCGCUCGCCUUCUUCUUUCUAGGGUUAGGGUUUUCCUCUGAAGCUCCGUAGCUGCUCCAAUGGCAGCUGCUGCGAUUGGACUCGCCACCUUGUUUCCAAGGGCAAAAUUGGAACCUCCCCUAUUCAGAUCCUCCUCCAAUCCUUCUCCUCAAUUCAAGAUUGCUUCCUUCCCAAAUGCCAGAAAUCAGAGAAGGGUUGUUGAGAGAAGGGCUGUUUCGGAACCUAAAUGUGAGUUCGGAUCGGAAGAUGAGAAGAAGAUUGAAUUGAGGACAUCGAGCGUGUCUGCUCUCGAGCAGCUCAAGACGUCUGCCGCAGAGAGAUAUAUGAAGGAAAGGAGCAGCAUUGUGGUUGUAGGACUUAGUGUUCAUACAGCACCGGUGGAGAUGCGUGAAAAGCUUGCUAUUCCUGAAGCUGAGUGGCCACGUGCCAUUGGAGAGCUCUGUGGCUUGAAUCAUAUAGAGGAAGCUGCUGUUCUUAGCACCUGCAACAGAAUGGAAAUAUAUGUAGUUGCUCUCUCUUGGCACCGGGGAAUUCGAGAAGUUACUGAAUGGAUGGCAAAGACGAGUGGAAUUCCUGUUUCGGAGCUUCGUCAGCACUUGUUUUUGUUGUGUGAUAAUGACGUUACCCAGCAUCUAUUUGAAGUAUCUUCUGGGCUUGACUCUCUUGUUCUAGGAGAAGGACAGAUCCUUGCACAAGUUAAACACGUUGUGAAAGUUGGGGAAAACGUCGCUGGUUUUGGAAGGAACAUCAGUGGGCUGUUCAAGCAUGCAAUUACAGCCGGGAAGCGGGUCCGGACGGAAACCAAUAUUGCAGCUGGGGCAGUUUCUGUUAGUUCUGCUGCUGUUGAGUUGGCUCUGAUGAAGCUUCCAAAAUCCGAGUCUACCUCUGCCAGAAUGUUAGUGUUUGGGGCGGGCAAAAUGGGGAAACUUGUGAUCAAACAUCUGGUAGCCAAAGGGUUCACUACAAUGGUCGUUGUAAACAGAUCAGAGGAAAGAGUUGCUGCAAUCCGUGAGGAACUGAAAGAUGUCGAAAUAAUCUACAAACCCAUGUCAGAAAUGCUCUCCUGUGCUGCUGAAGCUGAUGUCAUAUUCACUACCACAGCAUCCGAAUCACCAUUGUUCUUGAAAGAGCAUGUUGAAACCCUUCCACCCGUGAGUCAGGAGAUUGGGGGCUUGAGGCUUUUUGUUGACAUUUCCGUUCCUAGGAAUGUCGGGUCCUGUGUUUCCACCGUUGAGUCUGCACGAGUAUACAAUGUUGACGAUCUUACAGAAGUAGUUGAAGCUAAUAAGGAAGACCGCCACAGAAAAGCAAUGGAAGCUCAGUCAAUCAUCAACGAAGAAUCAAAACAGUUCGAGGCUUGGAGGGACUCUCUGGAGACUGUUCCUACUAUCAAGAAACUAAGAUCUUAUGCAGAGAGAAUUCGGAUUUCAGAGCUGGAGAAAUGCUUGUCGAAGUUGGGGGAUGAUAUCCCAAAGAAAACAAGGCGGGCAGUGGACGAUCUUAGCAGGGGCAUUGUGAACAAGCUCCUUCAUGGGCCCAUGCAGCACUUGAGGUGUGAUGGUAACGAUAGCCGAACUCUUAAUGAGAUCCUUGAAAAUAUGCAUGCACUUAACAGAAUUUUCAGUCUUGAAACUGAGAUGGCUGUUUUGGAGCAGAAAAUCCGAGCCAAGGUGGAGCAAACCCAAAAAUAAUUGCAUAAUUGGAACUGCCACACAUUCAUCUUCAUCUCUGAAAACUCCAUCCAUGUCCAAUUCUCAGACACAUUUUCUUCAAUAAGAAGAAAAAUUCCCUCAGCUAGUCUAGAACGAGGGAUUAUGGAGGCUAACUCUUGUAUGGGUUUCCAUCCAGCGAUGGAAUUGUACUUGAAAUGGCUAUUUCGGCUCUCGGUAGGAAACAAUGAGGACUUUGGGGUGAGCUUUCUCCCUGUAUUGUGGGAGAUGUUCCAUGAACGGCCAUUCUUUGUAAGAUUCUUGUUAAGUAUACAACUGAUUAUUUCAGGUUGGAGUUGGGUUAUGUUCCAAGCAUGAAGUUGUGGAUUUUUGAAUUAUUCUGUGUGAAAACAAGUGUUGGUUUACUGU